GGGGAAGGUCCCCGCACCACACGCCGAGGAGGAGCGCGGAAGGGUGGCGGCCGCAGCAGAUAUGAAGCACCGUGCCCUGUGAUACUUACUUUGCUGGUUCUCACCAUUGGAGGAUGGCUGCCAUACUCUGUGAAAAUUGUUCUGGCCAGUACCACUACACCCAGGUCAACCAACCUCUUGAAAUCAGCUGCAUGUUGCUCCUGAUUAUGCUUGGAAAAGUUUUCCUUGAUUUCUUCAUGUUGCAAGUUAAGCAAAAAAAUGUGAAAGAUAGUUUUAUGGGAUACUUUUGUGUUUCACUCGCACUUCUCGAUUUCACACUGCUGAUGAGUAUAUCCUUCAUUUUCUGUUUUGAGGACUUUGCACUCUGGGGUGUGCGAUUUACAAAGUACCACAUUUGCCUGUUCACUCAGAUAGUUUCGCUUACCUACGGUAUUUUGCAUUACCCGGUAUAUCUUGUGGCUGGUCUGGAUUAUUACAUGACUGUAGCCCAAACCUCUCAAUUUCCUAAAAGAGGUCAAAGAUUACUUUAUGUAUUUGCUGUGGUUGUUAUAUGGAUUUCAGGGUUUUUUUGUAUUCUGAAAGUUCCCGCUGUCUAUGAAGAACUAGAAAUUCAGAACCGUUUUUCUCCUUACCAGUGUCCUCUCUAUGCCAGCAUGCAGAGCUACUCAGUCUCAUGUGCCAUGGUGCUGCUCAUAGGCACGGCUCUCCUGGCUUGUCGGAAGGAAGUUAUAACCAUGCUGCUGUCUGUCAGGGUAGUUUCCUUUGCCAGUCAGCCUGUUUUGAUGUUCUCCUACGCGUCUAACAACAACGGCACUUGUUUUAAGUGGCAGCUCCUGACCAGACUCCUCAUCUGUUUUCUUGGUACUUGGGCACCUUUCGUUCUUCUUCAAAUUAUCAUUUUGUUUCUCGGUGCUCGGAUUCCGGCCUACAUGGAGAUGAACGUCCCCUGGCUGUACUUCAUCAACAGCUUUCUCAUCGCAGCAGCGUACUGGUGUCGAUGUCACGAUGUUGAAUUGACAGAGGAGAUGUGGUCUACAGAUCCAUUUGUCAGCUGGAAAUUCUGCUUUAUGCCAUUUAACAAUGAAAACACAGAGCCAGCUGAUAAGCUAGGCACAGUAAUUGUAAUCUGUUAAUGAGCUGCUGACCGAAAAGACUGCAAAUAAGUGCUGCACGACAGAAGUGUGUACUCUGAUGUUCCGUGACUGUGUCCUUACAGAUAAUACAAGGAAACAUCUCCAGAGCUACAACCCAUGGAAACAAGUCCAACAUCCACCAAUAUUGUGAUGAAUAUUGUAGCAGAGCGUGGGACACUGUGCACUUCCACACUGGGUUCCAGUAGGCAGUAACCACCUGCCAGUUCAGAGAAUUUAACUUGAAAGUACGGGUUUAAGAAAAGACCACUACUUAUAUAAAAGAAGUUUUCAGUUAAACCUUAUGUUUAUGACUAGAAUUUUACAGUUCCUUUAAAUGGAAUGAUCUCAGGUUUUAUAGUAUAAAAUGCAAUAAAGUCUUCAAAGCUGGAGCCCUUUUAUCAGUUACGUACACGUUAACCUACUGUCAAAGGUUCAAACACCUUCUGUGAUUUUUUUGAAGUGUAUUUUCUUGUUAAAGUGUGACUUUUUGUCAGUUUGAUUUAAGGGUUGUUGUCUGUUUAACGAUAAAUAAAUUGUUUUAGUUAAUGUAAAGCUACAAUUCCUACAGAAAUAUAAACUUUGUUUACAUAGUACAAAAAUAGCGCAAGAUG